AUGGCUGGCCUUCAAAAAGACCAGCUCGACUCUGUGAUCUCGACGCUUGCAAGGAAGCGGGGCAUUUUGAAUAUCGACUAUGCGGUCAUGGGCGGUGCUGCAGUCUGUCUACUUGCGAAUGAUCCAACUAGAAUAACCGAAGACGUGGACCUUGUCAUUCAUGUCGACCAUCGCGGGGUCACGGCAGAUCGAUUAACCUCCUUGCUUAUCGACAACUUUCAAUCUGAUUUCGCUCCUGUUCUCCAGUUCAGACAUGGUAUCCCAGGAUACAAGCUGAGUUUGCCUGGGGGAGAUGUUCGGCUUGUGGACGCGGAGGUGUUCGACUAUCAGAGUUGGCCCCGGCAGCCGCAGUACAACAUUCCAUCUUCUACCCGCCGAUCGAUGAUUGUGAAUGGGCAAACGGUCAAAACACUUAGUCAUGAAUGGAUCUUUCGAGAAAAGACCUUAUCGCAGCACCAGCGAGAAGGCUCGCCGAAAGGGUUGAUCGACAUCAGGGAUAUAAACAGAAUGAUUCCGAUGUUAAACCCAGGAAAACCAGAGCUUGAUUUUGAUCGCGAUAUUAGGUUGGAAAGCGCGUUACCAAACCUUCUGCAAAAGAGACCACUACUUGGAGCGCGGUUGAAGGAUCUUGUGAAAAGUAACAUGGUCUUUAGCUAA